CGAAAGAGAAAAGGAAACGCGAGUUUGAGGUAUCCUUUGGCCCCUGAAUUUCAUUCUUCAACAGAUUGCCCCUCCGUCCAGACUGAACCCUAACCUAAAAGGAAGAAACCUCAGGUAAGAGAGUUCAUAUCGACUUUCAAAUGUACGGCAGAGCCGGUCUUGAUAGAUUCAAGAAAGCCCAAUCGUUGGAACCAUUCUCGGUCUCCACUAAUUCUGCUUCGAAAACGAGUACCCAGAAUGCUCCCAAAGCAGUAGUUGUGAAUUCUCCGAUUCAGCAUUCUCAAUCUAAAAACUUUCACCCGCAAACCCAACCCCAUGUUUCUCAAAAGCCCUUGGCGCACGAGGCGGCACCAUCAGUAGUGGGGCAGGGGCAGACUCAGCAGGUGACCCAGGUUGGAGAAGGGCAGUCUACUUGGCAGCCGCCUGAUUGGGCUAUUGAGCCUCGUGUAGGUGUUUUUUACCUUGAAGUUUUGAAGGAUGGUGAGGUGCUUGAUCGGAUUAAUAUUGAUAGACGUAGGAACAUCUUUGGAAGGCAAUUCCAUACUUGUGAUUUUGUUCUUGAUCAUCAAUCUGUUUCACGCCAGCAUGCAGCUGUCAUUCCCCACAAGAAUGGGAGCAUAUAUGUGAUUGAUUUGGGAUCAGCACACGGAACAUUUGUUGCAAACGAGAGGUUGACAAAAGACACUCCUGUUGAGCUUGAAGUGGGGCAGUCUUUGCGGUUUGCUGCAUCAACAAGAACUUACAUAUUGAGGAAGAACAAUGCAGCUUUGUUUCCUCGCCCUCCACCCCCCACAGAGAUAACUCUACCUUCCCCUCCUGAUCCUUCUGAUGAAGAGGCUGUUGUGGCAUAUAACACACUUCUAAAUCGUUAUGGUCUUGGCAAGUCUGACCUGUCAAAAUCAAGUGAGUCUGGCAGUUCAUCAGGCAGAGAUGACACCAAUCACUCUGAAAGAGCGAGAAAGAGAACGAGGAAACUAAGAGUGACAUUCAAGGAUCAUGCUGGUGGAGAGCUGGUUGAGGUUGUAGGGGUUUCAGAUGGUGCAGAUGUGGAAACCGAACCUGGACCCAUAGGUGUGAAAGAAGGAAGUCUUGUUGGAAAAUAUGAAUCUCUUGUACAAACAACAAUUAUUCCCAAGGGUAAGGAGCAGUCAUCUGUUAAGGAAGAAAAGGCUUUCCAGAAAGAUGUUACUGACAAACUAAAAGAGGUCUUUAAUAAGGUCAAAAAUGCUCCAAAAGGCGGGAUUUAUGAUGAUCUGUAUGGAGAAUCUUUUUCUGGUAAAGUGGGUACUUCCUGGGCAUCUGUCUCUCCUACUUCUACUGGUAAACCACCAUCUCCAACUAGAGAUUCCCCAGGGAAGACUGAAAGCCCAUCAACUGGAAAAUCUGGAAAUAUUUCCACCUACCGUGAGGAUGAAAAUGAUGACGAUUUAUUUGGUGACUAAUCAAUCAAAAUGCACUAAACAGGUCGUGCAACAUGCAUUAGACCUUUUGCUUGGGUUGGACAAAAUGACAGAAAAUCAGAGAGGGGCGAAUCUUUUCUGGACAUAACAAGCUGUUGUUUCCUUCGGGUUUGGGAAAUUUUUGUUGUAAUUUAGUGCUUUUUUUUUUCUUUUUUUUCUUUUUUUUCUUUUUUGUAAAACUGAAGGUAACCUGAGAUUUAUGGUUUUUAAACUCAUGUUCAUCCUGGAAGGAAUAGAAAGGAUUUAUAGCU